GGCUACAAUAUUUUCUGGAACCAGUAUAUCUUUUUCAAGUCCCUCGCGCAAGAGUGGAAUUGACGCCAUUGUUCAACAAAGUAGAAAUCUUAUCGAUAAAUCCAACGCGCAAUUACCCAACAAGCGGGUUACCGGGAAAGCGACGCGCAAAACAGUCUAUCGCGAGAAAGAGAAACAAAUUUGUCACAAUGGACAUUGGCAGUGUCAUCAAAGAAAAAGUUGAAAACCUGUAUGCGCUAAAGAAAAUCUUUACAAUGACAUUGGCACAUUGA